AUGCGGCGGCCGGGCCCCCGCGGCCGCCGGCCCCUGCUGCUGGCGCUGCUGCUGCUGCCGCCGCUGCUCGCAGCCGCAGCCGCUGCCGCCUCCGCCGCCAGCCCUGGCCCGGCCGUCGAGGUCGCGGCGAUCCCGGGACGCCCGGCCGGCGUGGCUGCUUGUCGCUGUUGUCCGGGUCAGACACCUAGAAGGAGCCGCUGCACCCGAGCCUCCUGCAGGGUUCAAAGCUGUGGGCCUGAAAAGUGCACAGGCUCACAGCAGUGCCUGACCCCAGGGACCCCAGUGCCCAGCCCCAGCCCCAGCCCCAGCCCCCGUGUGAGCAAGAAACAGGUGUCCCUCAACUGGCAGCCACUGACGCUUCAGGAGGCCCGAGCUCUGCUGCGGCGCCGGCGGCCCCGAGGGCCGGGGGGCCGGGCACUGCUGAGAAGGAGGCCCCCACAGCGCGCCCCCGCCGGCCGGGCCCGGGUCCUGUGUCCUUUGAUCUGUCACAACGGCGGUGUGUGCGUGAAGCCUGACCGCUGUCUCUGCCCCCCGGACUUCGCGGGCAAGUUCUGCCAAUUGCACUCCUCGGGCGCCCGGCCCCCGGCUCCGGCCAUGCCUGGCCUCAUGCGCUCCGUGUACACCAUGCCGCUGGCCAACCACCGUGACGACGAGCACGGCGUGGCGUCCAUGGUGAGCGUCCACGUGGAGCACCCGCAGGAGGCGUCGGUGGUGGUGCACCAGGUGGAGCGUGUGUCCGGCCCUUGGGAGGAGGCGGACGCCGAGGCAGUGGCGCGGGCGGAGGCGGCGGCGCGGGCGGAGGCGGCGGCGCCCUACACGGUGUUGGCACAGAGCGCGCCGCGCGAGGACGGCUACUCGGACGCCUCCGGCUACGGUUACUGUUUUCGGGAGCUGCGCGGAGGCGAAUGCGCGUCCCCGCUGCCCGGGCUCCGGACGCAGGAGGUCUGCUGCCGAGGGGACGGCGCGGCCUGGGGCGUCCACGACUGUCAGCCGUGCUCGGAGCACCUGGGGAACUCCCGCCGAAUGGGCGCCCCCGAUGGGCCGUGUCCCCCUGGCUUUGAAAGAGUUAAUGGGUCCUGCGAAGACGUGGACGAGUGCGCGACGGGCGGGCGCUGCCAGCACGGGGAGUGCGCGAACACGCGCGGCGGGUACACGUGCGUGUGCCCCGACGGCUUCUUGCUGGAUUCCUCCCGCAGCAGCUGCAUUUCCCAACACGUGAUCUCGGAGGCGAAGGGGCCCUGCUUCCGCGUGCUUCGCGACGGCGGCUGCUCGCUGCCCAUUCUGCGCAACAUCACCAAACAGAUCUGCUGCUGUAGCCGCGUGGGCAAGGCCUGGGGCCGGGGCUGCCAGCUCUGCCCGCCCUUCGGCUCAGAGGGUUUCCGGGAGAUCUGCCCAGCUGGCCCAGGCUACCACUACUCAGCCUCUGACCUACGCUACAACACCAGACCCCUGAGCCAGGAGCCACCUCGAGUGUCCGUCAGCCAGCCACGUGCCCCACUGGCCACCUCUCGGCCACACACAGGCCUUCUGCCCACUCAUCGCCCAGAGCCCCGGCCCGAGCCCCGGCCUGAGCCCCGGCCCGAGCCCCAGCCCGGCCCUGAGCGUCCCCUGCCCAGCAUCCCUGCCUGGGGCGGUCCUGAGCUUCCCGACCCAGGUCCUUCCUUGGGCGUGUGUCAGCGCAACCCCCAGGUCUGUGGCCCAGGACGCUGCAUACCCAGGCCCAAUGGCUACUCCUGCGCCUGUGACUCGGGUUUCCGGCUCAGCCCCCAGGGCACCCGAUGCUUGGAUGUGGACGAAUGCCGCCGCGUGCCCCCACCUUGCACUCCUGGGCGCUGUGAGAACACGCCUGGCAGCUUCCGCUGCGUGUGCGGCCCCGGCUUCCGAGCUGGCCCGCAGGCUGCGGAGUGCCUGGACGUGGACGAAUGCCGCCGCGUGCCACCGCCGUGUGACCACGGGCGCUGCGAGAACACACCAGGCAGCUUUCUGUGCGUGUGCCCUGCCGGGUACCAGGCGGCCCCGCACGGAGCCAGCUGCCAGGAUGUGGACGACUGCACCCAGAGCCCGGGCCUGUGUGGCCGCGGGGCCUGCGAGAACCUGCCCGGCUCGUUCCGCUGUGUUUGCCCGGCUGGCUUCCGGGGCUCGGCGUGCGAGGAAGACGUGGACGAGUGUGCCCAGGAGCCGCCGCCCUGUGGGCCGGGCCGCUGUGACAACACGGCUGGCUCCUACCACUGUGCCUGCCCCGCGGGCUUCCGAUCCCGCGGCCCCGGAGCCCCCUGCCAGGAUGUGGACGAGUGUGCCCGCAGCCCCUCACCCUGCGCCUACGGUCGAUGCGAGAACACCGAAGGCAGCUUCCAGUGCGUCUGCCCCACGGGCUUCCAACCCAACGCCGCAGGCUCCGAGUGCGAGGACGUGGACGAGUGUGAGAACCACCUGGCGUGUCCAGGGCAGGAGUGUGUGAACUCGCCUGGCUCCUUCCAGUGCAGGGCCUGCCCUGCUGGCCACCACCUGCACCGUGGCAGGUGCACUGAUGUGGACGAGUGCAGCUCGGGCGCCCCCUGCGGUCCCCACGGCCACUGCACCAACACUGAAGGCUCCUUCCACUGCAGCUGCGCACCGGGCUACCGGGAGCCGCCGGGCCGGCCGGGGCCCUGCGCAGACAUAAACGAGUGUCUGGAGGGCGACUUUUGCUUCCCCCACGGCGAGUGCCUCAACACCGACGGCUCCUUCGCCUGCACCUGUGCCCCGGGCUACCGACCGGGACCCCGCGGGGCUUCCUGCCUUGACGUGGACGAGUGCAGCGAGGAGGACCUCUGCCAGAGCGGCGUCUGCACCAACACCGACGGCUCCUUCGAGUGCACCUGCCCGCCGGGCUACCGCGCCGGCCCGGACCUGGCCUCCUGCCUGGACGUGGACGAAUGUCAUGAGCGAGGCCCAGCCCUGUGCGGGGCUCAGCGCUGUGAGAACUCCCCCGGCUCCUACCGCUGUGUCCAGGACUGCGAUCCUGGCUACCACGCGGGCCCCGAGGGCACCUGUGACGACGUGGAUGAGUGCCAGGAGUACGGCCCGGCCAUCUGUGGAGCCCAGCGCUGUGAGAACACGCCCGGCUCCUACCGCUGCACCCCGGCCUGCGACCCUGGCUACCAGCCCGCGCCAGGGGGCGGCUGCCAGGACGUGGACGAGUGCCGGAACCAGUCCUUCUGCGGUGCCCACGCCGUGUGCCAGAACCUGCCUGGCUCCUUCCAGUGCCUCUGUGACCAGGGCUACGAGGGGGCGCGGGACCGGCGUCACUGCGUGGAUGUGAAUGAGUGUGAAACCCUGCAGGGGGUGUGUGGAGCUGCCCUGUGUGAAAACGUUGAAGGCUCCUUCCUCUGUGUCUGCCCCACCAGCCCCGAGGAGUUUGACCCCAUGACGGGACGCUGUGUUCCACCAAGGACUUCUGCUGGCACGUUCCCCGGCGCGCAGCACCCAGAGAGCCCCAGCGUGCAGGCCAGGCCACCCCCGCCGGCCCCGCCGCGCCGGCCCAGCAUUCCCAGGCAGGGCCCCGCCGGCAGCGGGCGCCGUGAGUGCUACUUUGACACAGCGGCUCCGGACGCGUGUGACAACAUCCUGGCCAGGAACGUGACGUGGCAGGAGUGCUGCUGUACCGUGGGCGAGGGCUGGGGCAGCGGCUGCCGCAUCCAGCAGUGCCCCAGCACCGAGACCGCCGAGUACCAGUCGUUGUGCCCACAUGGUCGGGGCUACCUGGCGCCCAGCGGAGACCCGAGCCUCCGGAGAGACGUGGACGAAUGCCAGCUCUUCCGAGACCAGGUGUGCAAGAGCGGCGUGUGUGUGAACACGGCCCCGGGCUAUUCGUGUUACUGCAGCAACGGCUAUUACUACCACGCACAGCGGCUGGAGUGCGUCGAUAACGACGAGUGCGCCGAUGAGGAGCCGGCGUGCGAGGGCGGCCGCUGCGUCAACACCGUGGGCUCUUACCACUGCACGUGCGAGCCCCCACUGGUGCUGGACGGCUCGCGGCGCCGCUGUGUCUCCAACGAGAGCCAGAGCCUGGAUGACAACCUGGGAGUGUGCUGGCAGGAGGUGGGGCCCGACCUCGUGUGCAGCCGCCCGCGGCUGGAUCGCCAGGCCACCUACACCGAGUGCUGCUGCCUCUACGGCGAGGCCUGGGGCAUGGACUGUGCCUUCUGCCCCGCCCAGGACUCAGACGACUUCGAGGCCCUGUGCAACGUGCUGCGGCCGCCUGCCUACGGCCCGCCUCGGCCGGGUGGCUUCGGGCUCCCCUAUGAGUAUGGGCCAGACUUAGGUCCACCCUACCAGGGCCUGCCGUACGGGCCUGAGUUGUACCCGCCACCCGUGCUGCCCUACGACCCCUACCCGCCGCCCCCGGGGCCCUUCGCGCGCCGGGAGGCCCCGUACGGGGCUCCGCCCUUCGACGUGCCCGACUUCGAGGACGACGGGGGCCGCUACAGAGAACCGGAGGCUCCUGCGCGCUCUGGCCCGCGUGCCGGCUGGCCCUACCGGUCCCGAGACACCCGCGGCUCCUUCCCGGAGCCCGAGGAGUCGCCUGAAGGUGGUGGCUACACGGGCGCCCUGGAGGAGCCCUACGAAGGCCUGGAGGAGGAGGAGUGCGGGAUCCUGGACGGCUGCGACCACGGCCGCUGUGUGCGGGUCCCCGAGGGCUUCACCUGCAACUGCUUCGAUGGCUACCGCCUGGACAUCACCCGCAUGGCCUGCGUCGACAUCAACGAGUGCGACGAGGCCGCGGCGGCGUCCCCGCUCUGCGUCAACGCGCGCUGCGUCAACACCGACGGCUCCUUCCGCUGCGUCUGCCGCCCGGGCUUCGCGCCCACGCACCAGCCGCACCACUGCGCGCCCGCGCGGCCCCGCGCCUGAGCCCCGGGCUCCAAGGCCUGCCGGGCCGUGCCUGCGCACUCCCUGUGUGAGAGGCCCUGGGCCGCCUCCCCGCCAGCGUGCCCCGGGCUGCACCCAGCCCGCCGUCCCCUUCACGUGCCCCAUCCCUUUUAUAGUUUUCAAUUAAAAAAAACUCACCUAUUUUGUA